UCCCAUCAUCUCAUUUUCAAAUUCAAUCACCAGGUUACCAGGUUUAUCGCAUGUUGGCAUUUUUGACUUUCUGCGUCAGCUUUGAGCUUUUAUCUUCUCAUGGUGUAUUUUGGAAAUUCCGACAACGUUUAGGUUUAGUAACGUUAACGCAGAAACCGUCGCGAUGGCGAAAAUUAGAAGGUCAAAAUCUAAAGAAGCUACAGAAGUUGUCACAAGAGUCUAUACCAUCAAUAUGCAUAAACGUUUGCAUAAUAUUGGAUUCAAAAAGCGAGCCCCUCGAGCUGUAAAAGAAAUCAGAAAAUUCGCCUCUCAACAAAUGGGAACUCACGACGUUCGAAUUGACACCAGAUUGAAUAAGUUUAUAUGGUCGAAGGGUAUCAGGAGUGUUCCGUUCCGUAUUCGUGUCCAGCUUUCACGUAGGAGAAACGAAGACGAAGAUUCGCCUAACAAAUUAUACACACUUGUUUCAUGGGUCCCAGUACCAUCAUUUAAAAAAUUAGGAACGGAAAACGUUGAAUCGACGCAAGAUUAAUUUUAAUUCGUUGAGGUGUGUACUAUUGAAAUACAUGGUUUUUGUAAAAAUACAUCUUAUUUUAAUUUAA